AAUUCCAGUAUGGUCAAAGUAUAGUAUCAAAGAUCCUAAAGCAAAACAAUGGUCUAAUAUACGUGAAGUUUCAAAAAAUACAAAUACAUUUAAAACAAUGGGAGAAGUAAUUCACCAGAAAGCUUUUGAGUUUGCAGCAUUGUUAGAAGUUUCAGAAAGUAAUUUUAAAGCAUCUGAUAGUUGGUUUUCACAAUUCAAGGCUAGAAUGGAAAUCCAAAACUAUUGA